AGAAGAGUGGACGCAACGGAAGUCGCUCUUUUAUUUUCUUGCUCAACGCAAGUGACAUUUAGGGAAGGCGGUUUCUUGAUCUGCACAAGUUAAAUUUAAGGGAAGUGGUUUUGAAGUGACUGCAGUGAUUAUGUUGCUGACCUCGCUUAGUUGCUGUGGUCAGUAAACGAAAGAACAGAUGUAUUGUGAUUAAAGAACACAGGCGUUUCAUAAAGAAUAGAACGCCUGGAAAUAGUGAGUGCACCAGUAAUUCCAAAAAUGGAAUGGAGACACACUGGGAGGAUCUUGCCUUUCUGGAUUCUAGAAUGAUUUGAGAUGUGACGGUUCUGGGAACGUUGGUGAUUCUUUUGGUGUUUUGUCGUCUUUGACCUGCCUAGUUGGAGUGUGAAGACGUGGAUGUCAUAUUAUAGUUGAGUUUGAGCCUCACCCACCCUGAGGACUGAGACCCUCCUCUGUCCUGUUCCUUCCUGGUUCCAGGCAACAUGAUGGAGCCCCUGGUGGACCGGCCCGGGCCUCAGAUCGGAAGGUCCUCUCUGGGGGAGAGAAUGGCCUCCUGCUGCUCCUACAGAACCCUCCAGGCCUGGCUCCCCAUCCUUACCUGGUUACCCAAGUACAGGCUGAGCUGGCUCCAGAUGGACCUGAUAGCAGGUCUCACCGUGGGUCUAACCACUGUACCACAGGCCCUGGCUUAUGCUGAGGUGGCCGGCCUACCUGUACAGUACGGCUUGUACUCAGCCUUCAUGGGUGGGUUCAUCUAUACGUUUCUGGGAACCUCCAAGGAUGUAACCCUGGGUCCUACUGCCAUCAUGUCCCUGCUGUGUGCCUCCUACGUGGGGGGAGACCCGGUCCGAGCCGUCCUCCUCAGCCUGCUCUGUGGAACCAUACAGACCACCAUGGCUCUACUACGUCUGGGGUUUCUUCUGGACUUCAUCUCCUUUCCGGUGAUCAAAGGCUUCACCUGUGCUGCCGCGGUAACCAUAGGCUUCGGUCAAGUCAAGAAUGUGCUGGGACUGAAGGACAUACCUCGUGAGUUCUUCCUGCAAGUCUACUACACCUUCAACAGGAUACCUGAGGCCAGGAUAGGAGAUGUGGUUCUAGGUCUGCUGUGUCUGUGUCUGCUGGUGACGUUGCAGCGGAUGAAGAGUACCCUGGAACCCCCGUCAGAACAGGACGCCCCCCUCACCAGGGCCGCUCACACUCUGGUCUGGGGCAUCGCUACCGUGCGUAAUGCGUUGGUCGUAGUGGCGGCGUCCUUCGUGGCGUUCUCGUGGAAUGCGAUUGGCUCACCGGUCUUCACCAUUACCGGGAAAACGUCCCAGGGCCUGCCGCCGUUCAGAGCACCUCCCCUCUCCGAGACAACGCCCAACGGUACCGGCAUCAGCUUCGGAGAGAUCGUAGAGGAUUUUGGAGGAGGGCUGGCUGUCAUCCCCUUCAUGGGAGUACUGGAGAGCAUUGCCAUCGCUAAAGCCUUCGCCAGUCAGAAUGACUAUAGGAUUGAUGCCAACCAGGAACUGUUUGCUAUUGGUCUAACCAACAUUAUGGGAUCCUUCGUCUCAGCCUAUCCGGUCACAGGAAGCUUCGGAAGGACUGCGGUGAACUCCCAGACAGGGGUGUGUACACCAGCCGGAGGCAUAGUCACUGGUGUGGUAGUGCUGUUGUCCCUGGCCUUCCUGAUGCCGGCAUUCUACUACAUCCCUAAAGCCUCUCUGGCAGCUGUCAUCAUCUGUGCUGUGGCUCCCAUGAUCGACUACCGUGUCGUCAUACAGUUCUGGAGGAUACGCAAGCUUGACCUGGUGCCGUUCCUGACCACCUUCCUGUUGAGUUUCUGGGAGGUGCAGUACGGCAUUGUGGGAGGUGUAGUUGUUUCUGGACUCAUGCUGCUCUACAAUGUAGCCAGGCCCAGCAUAAAGGUGUGUGAUCAUGGUGUUUUGGUGAUGGAGUUGGAUAGUGGACUCAGUUUCCCCUCCACAGAGUACCUCAACACUGUCCUAUACACUCGGGCACUACAGGUCUCUCCUCCUAGGUCAGUGGUCCUGGACUGUCAUCAUGUCAAUACUGUAGACUAUACAGUUGUCAACGAGCUCAGGGACCUGCUACGACAGUUCAAACUACGAGGGGUCGGACUCGUCUUCUCUGGCCUGCAGUAUUCGGUCUUGGAGGUCCUGUUGGCAGCAGAUCUGCCGGAUCUUAGACACACCGCCAGUGUGGAGGCGGCACUAACCAUCCUAUCGGGUAACACUCAGUGACUGACACUACAACCAAUCACGGACGAGAACCGUGAUAUAUAUUUUUUUUAAUGCUGUCCUGAACCAAUCCCUGCUGAGUGCACCAAUUACACUCGAGUCAACGGACCCUGACACUGAAAUCAGAAUGAUUGGUAUGGAUCUGGACCAAUCAGGGUAUAGCGUUGGCCAUGAAUGUCCCUCCCCCUCACCCAUUGAUUGGCUAUCAAGCAGUUGACAGGUUGUCAACCCCUUUUUUUUAACCAAGCAUGAGAACCGAUCUUCCACGUUGAAGAUGCUGCUGUGUGAUCGGUUUCAUCUUGUAGCUUUUAUAAAGACUUUUAUGUUGUUGAAGUUAUCUGUAGACACUGAUCAAGUCUAGAGUAGGUUUUGUGGUUUCUUUCACGAAUGGACAUUUGAAUGUCUCUGUGUGCAGUUUGAAGGUCGUUUCUGGCCCAUUGCUAACUAGCGUUAGCACAAUGACUGGAAGUUUACAGGAACAGCUAGAACACACACACACACACACACACACACACACACACACACACACACACACACACACACACACACACACACACACACACACACACUACCUUUAUCCUGGGUCUGUUUUAACACGUUUGCUCUGUGUGUUAACACCUUCAGAGCCAACGUAAACAGAGGAACUGGAGGAGGGGAAAUCACUUCUCAGGAAGUGAUGUAAGGAAAGAAGCCCCACCCCCUCAGCACUUAACUUCCUGUUUGUGUUCCAAAUCCUUUCCAGGCCCCUACCCCAGUGUGUCCCAAUCCUGGUCCUGGGGGCACAUUUUUGUUUUUGCCCUCGCAUUCACAAACCUGAUUCAACCAGAUGCUUGAUGAUAAGUUGAUUAGUUGAAUUAAACUAAAAACAAAACAUGUGCACCGCCUUGGUUCCCCCGGACCAGGAUUGGGAAACCUGAGUCACCUGAGUCAGUGUGUGUGGAUAGGUGUAAGCAAUAUGGAGGAAAUAGCACUUAUACUGUAAUAUCUCUUUGGACAGGCUGUCUAAUACCUAUCUGUUUUGAUUUACAUAGGCGUUAGGGCUCUAUCUGGUAUAGGACGUGUCUAAUAUUCUUAGACUAUUGGAACUUUGUUUUUAAAUGUUCUUCUUAUACACAUUAAUACAUAUAAUAUAUUAUUAUAUACAUUUGCUUGAUCAGACUUUGAUCAAUUACAAUUAUUGAUCCCUUUCAAAUUGAUCAAUUGUACUUUAUUGGUUGCCUCUAUUGGAUGAGAAGUUGACUGUCUCCUACUCUCUGUGUGUGUGUGUGUGUGUGUGUGUGUGUGUGUGUGUGUGUGUGUGUGUGUGUGUGUGUGUGUGUGUGUAUGUACCUGUACGAUCAUGACCAUAAGAAGAAUAUCACAUUCCAAAUGGUUUUUGAUACGUGAUCAAGUGCCUUGCAUAUGUCCUGCCCUUAAUUCAAUUAUUAUAAUUUUUUUAACACUUUUAAACUUUUUAAUUCUUACUUAGAAAUGUAUUUGAUAAGACUGACGAUUUGUAUACAGCUCCAAACUUAAUUUAUGCAGUGAAUUAACCAGUGGUGUAAAGUACUUAAGUAAAGGUACUUUAAAGUA